AUGAAUUUCUUUCGAUCUGCUCUAUGCUUGCUUCUCCCAGUACUAUUGGCCACGAUCCAGUCGGUGCAGUCCAACGAUGAGGACAACAAUGACUUGACAAUGGAAGAAGCCGCAGCGCUGCUGGAACUUGCCACGGCAUACAAUCGCGAUGGGACGGAUUACUUUUGUUCGUUGGGCAAUCAUCGUCCACAUGGUCUUUCGUGCAAGGCACCCUACGCUUCCUGGGAUUCUCUGACCGACAAGUCCUACUACAGCCGUCAUCUUCCUCCUGCCGAUCCCCAGUGGGUGGAGAGUCUGCCACCCAUGGAAGAUGUGACGGAGCAGUUGUUUCGCACUAAGAAUGGACAGCGCAAAGAGGCAUCCCGCAGCACCAUGAUGUUUGCCACCUUUGCGCAGUACGUGGUGGAAUCCAUUAUUGCCACUGGCUUUAAUCCGGAAACGGGUACACCGGCCUACGAAAAGUACGAAGGAACCCAUCAGAUUGACCUCAUGCCGCUCUAUGGAAGGACCGUGGAACAGACCAAUGCACUUCGCCUUCAGGACAAUACACAGGGAUUCAAGGGGCGGCUCAAGUCACAAGUGCUCCACGAAGAAGAGUACUCACCCUUUCUGUAUGAUAAAGAUGGAACUGUCGAUCCGCAAUUCUUGCCUCUUGUGGAAGAAUAUACGACACAGUUUCCCGGUGGUGGCGCCACCAAUCGUCGCUGUCGAGCACUCCAAUUCACGGACAAUAGUACCUUUUUUGCCAUGGGACACAUGGAUGGGAAUCUGCUGCCCAACAUUGUGGCGCUCAACACGCUUUUUCUUCGCGAACACAACCGCAUUGCCGGCGAACUGGAGACACUGUAUUCUGACUGGGACGACGAACGAGUCUUUCAAACGGCCCGCAAUAUCAAUAUUGUCCUUUACAUCAAACUGAUUGUGGACGAGUACAUUCAGCACAUUAGCUUUUUGCCAAUCUACUCGCUCGAUGUCGGUCCGUGGAUGUGGAAUGCCACAUGGAACAAGGAAAACUGGAUUUCCGCCGAAUUUUCGGUGCUCUAUCGCUUUCAUGCCAUGGUCCCCAGCACGUUGCAUUUUGGCGGAGAACAGAUUCCACUCAUGCAAAGUUUGGGACGCAACGACUUGUUUGUCGAUGGCAUCCUCAACUUGCGAGAGACCUUUGAAGACUUGAGCGCCCAGAAAGCCAUGUCCAUGGAACCCUUUAAUACGGACACCUUUCUAUUGCCGCGGGAAACCGAGGCACUUCGCAUGUCCCGUGCACUCGGCUUUCGGUCCUACGCCGAAUACGCCGAGUACUGGGGAUACGAAGAGCGACCCAAAACGUUCGAGGAUAUUUCCACCGAUCCACAAGUAGUGGCCACGCUAAAGGAGUUGUACCCUACCGUGGAUGAUGUCGAGUACUAUGUCGGUCUGAUUGCCCAAGACCAUCGGACCAAUGGUGUCUUUGGAGGCAAUCUCAUGGCGGCGGUGGCGUUGGAUGCCUUUAGUCAAGUCUACACCAAUCCACUGCUGAGUCGAAACUUGUGGAAGGAAGAAACGUUUAGUGGAUACGGUUGGAAACUGAUUCAUGAAAAGCAAACACUGGAGACACUUUUGCAACGCAAUGUACCCGAUGCGGAGGGCCUGGCAUAUAUUGGAAUGGGAAACAAUGCCCCGCUGCCCAACAUUGCCGGUGGUGGUAGUUCAAAGGCAAAUGAGGACCCCGUUGUGGAAGCGACUACUCUGGAGAAUGCAGGAACUGCGUCAUCGGCAUCCACAGUGGCAAUCCAUUCACUACUGGGAGUCAUCCUUGUAGCUCUUUCCGUCCUUGCAUAG